AUGAAUACAGCUACUAUAAUAAUUAUUUGCUUAUUAUUAUUCUCAUUCUGGAGCAACUCAUUCACUGACCGUUACCAUAAUCAACAACAUCACCAAUUUUCACUUCCUUCAGACUCUGCUUUUCACCAAUUUUCCCAUCCGGACUCUGAUUUUAGCGACGAUGAGGAAAAGCAACUUGAAUUCGAAAUUGCGAAAUUGGUUGAUGCACAAUUGUUGAUGUGUGAAGUCUGGGGUCUUCCUCCAAUCCUUUGCCGAACCACAAAAUCAGUAGUCAAGGGGAUGAUAAAAUCCACCAUAACAUUAGCAAUGUAUUGGAUUUCUCAGAAGACAGGCAGGAGCUUUCAACAAGUUGAGAAGCCUAAAAUGAGAACAUCUUGUUACAUCAGCAAUAGCGAUGGAUUAUGUAUUAGAUGGAGAUUAGUUCAUCUCCAAAAUUACAAACGGCGUAAUUUGGAUGUUGCAGGAUUUGGAAAAAACUGUACGGAGAAUGGAAUGAUUGUGCAAGAAGUUUACCAAUCUGAUAAUGUUCUUGCCUUGGAAUGUGUCGAGACGACAGAACAGAAAAAUCAUCACCUGUGUAGAGAUGAUGAGUUGGGGAGUUCAAUCAGCUAA